AUGGCAAAGAAGGGAAAAAACACCAACAGCGCCCCGGCGUCCACACCGUCUGCCGCUCCUGCCAAAACCAACAAGAAGGAUGCCAAGACGAAAGCCCCUUCUGAAGGGGAUUUUAUCGUCUUCACCAACUCAGACAAGGAUCCCAAAGGCCGACGAGGUGGCGGCGGCGGCCCCUCCAACGCCAGCACCACGACGCCUAAUAGUGGAAACCCCUCAGAAACUCCCGAUGGGCCGCCUCGCCCAACUGCCCGACAGCUCAUCGGCGGUGCUUCUUGGACUGGCAAGCUUCCUGUGAACCUGCUUUCAGAGCACUGCCAAAAGCAAAAGUGGGAGCGUCCUGACUAUAACACUAUCAAGACAAAGGAGGGCUUCUCUGUUUUUACCAGCCUCGCCGCCAAAAACCCCAAGACCGGCGAGGUCACCCGUCUACCACCCUUCAAGCUGCCCCCGAGCCACGUGCACUUGGCAUACAAGCCGACUGCCCUCGAGGCGAAGCACUUUGCCGCCACCUACGCGCUGUAUCGCGUGUGCAACAUGAAGAACAUACACAUCUCGCUACCGCCAGACUACAAGGCGUUGUGGAAGGAUUUUGAAGCCCUCAAGAAGCAGGAUGUGAAGGAAGGCAAGGGCUGGAUGUACGAGGCCGAUCCGUUCCAGGCAGCAAGGGAGCGAGAAGAAGCCAAGGCGACCGCCGAGAAGAAGAAGGCACAGGCCCAGGCAUCGAGGGAGAAGGCUGCUGAGGGGAACCAGGGCGGGAUGUCACUCGCUUUCAGGGGUAGUGGCGGCGGCGGAGGUGGGGCGCAUUCUCUUAUGAGGGGCUGGGCGACGGUGCCCAAGAUCGAGAUGGGGAAUAGGACGCGGUCGCAGCUCGAGGAUUUGUUGCGGAGGGAGACGGUCUGGAAUCCCCAUGGCGUGGUCAUGCCGCCGGACCAAAAGGCGGCGAUUGUGAAGGAGUUCAAGGAGUUGGGGUUCCGCCAAAGCCACGCCGAAGAGGCGGUGGAGGAGUGUAAAGACCGUGAGGAGACGCUCGAGUGGCUGCUUGUGCACAUCCCAGAGGACGACCUACCGCGGUGGGCCCUCCCCGAGAAGUACACUGCCGGUGUAACGGUGGCAGCUACCGAUCUGCGGAGAGAAGGCGCCAUAAAGCGCCUCACGGAGUCUGGGUACUCGAUUGAUCUCUGUCGCCGGAUUCUGGACGCCAACGGUGGUGAUGAGGGCAAGGCUGCUGAGGCCUUGCAAACAUUGCUGCUGUCGAGUGGUACAGGUCAGGGUGCAGCCCACGAUGAGGAAAUCGACUCGUGGAGGACCCCCGACGAGAGUUGGGACGAGGAAAUGGCAACCCUGGAAGCCAGUUUUGGGGACAAAUACACUCGCACUUCACCCGAAGUAUGUCAGAUACGGCUUGAAUCGGUGGUCAACGGAGCCAAUACCGAUGUCGAGACGUACCUGCAAUUCCGAAAGACGCCCCAGUAUCCGACUCAUGUCGUCGUGUCGGUUGCAGCCCCGCUGCCGGCCUACAUCAAGUUGAGCGUCAUCAAGAAAGCGCUUGCGGAUGUUGCUGCUGUCUCAUCAGCCGCUUCCGAGGAGCCCACGAUGGUUGCCACUAAAACAGCGCGGCGGAGACCCCGGUACCCGGAACCCAUCAACUGGACGCCGAAUCCUCGCAGCAGGCAAGAAUGGGUGGCGAGGACAGAGGCGCUUAACUACAAAAAGAUGCUGUCCCAGCGCGAGCGUUUGCCGGCGUGGCAGGUUAGGGCCGAUGUCAUUCGGACUGUUUCCGAGAACCAGGUCACCAUCAUCUCCGGCGAGACCGGUUCCGGCAAGUCAACCCAGUCGGUACAAUUUAUUCUGGACGAUUUGUAUAGCAAAGGCCUGGGAGGAGGAGCAAACAUCAUCGUCACACAACCACGCCGUAUCUCUGCGCUGGGUCUUGCCGACCGUGUCGCCGAGGAGCGAUGCACUCAGGUUGGGCAGGAAGUCGGUUAUACGAUACGCGGCGAGAGCAGAACCAGCCCAAUCACCAAAAUUACCUUCGUGACGACUGGUGUACUACUAAGGCGCCUCCAAACUUCGGGUGGUCGUGUUGAAGAUGUGGUGUCCUCAUUGGCGGAUGUUAGCCAUGUCGUGGUUGAUGAAGUUCACGAGCGUAGCCUGGAUACCGACUUCCUCUUGAGCAUCAUUCGUGAUGUCCUUUACAAGCGGCAAGAUCUGAAGCUCAUCCUCAUGAGCGCCACCCUAGACGCAGCUUCCUUCAGAGACUACUUCAUGGCGGAUCAGCAGAAUGUUACCGUUGGCUUGGUUGAGAUCUCGGGCCGCACAUACCCAGUCCAGGACUACUACCUCGACGACGUGAUUCGGAUGACAGGUUUCAGCGUUGGGAAUAGGUAUGACUAUUAUGAUGAUGGGGCUAGCACACCCUCUGGAGACCAGGCGGACCCCAUCAACAAGGUUAUCCAGAAACUUGGCACCCGCAUCAACUACGACCUGCUAUUCGAGACGGUCAAGAGCAUCGACGAGGAUCUAUCGUCGAGGCAAAAGCUAGGCGGCAUCCUAAUCUUCCUACCUGGCGUAGCCGAGAUCAACCGCGCAUGCAACGCCCUACGAUCAGCACCAUCGCUUCACGUUUUACCUUUACAUGCGUCCCUAGAGACUAGGGAGCAGAAGAAAGUCUUUGCCACCGCACCGCAAGGCCGGAGGAAGGUGGUUGUCGCCACCAAUGUGGCAGAGACAUCCAUCACCAUCGAUGACAUCGUCGCCGUCAUUGAUAGCGGCAGAGUCAAGGAGAUCUCAUUUGACCCAGCAAACAACAUGCGCAAAUUGGAGGAGACUUGGGCGUCUCUCGCCGCCUGCAAGCAGCGCCGCGGCCGUGCUGGCCGUGUCCAAGCCGGUAAAUGCUACAAACUCUACACACGCAAUCUCGAACAUCAAAUGGCCGAGCGCCCGGAACCGGAAAUCCGACGCGUACCGCUUGAACAACUCAGCCUCGCUGUCCGUGCCAUGGGCAUUCGAGAUAUCAGUCAUUUUCUCGCGCGCGCGCCCACACCACCGGAGGCGACCGCUGUGGAGGGGGCGAUUACCAUGCUCCGGCGGAUGGGCGCCCUAGAUGGCGACGAGCUAACGGCCCUCGGUCAGCAGCUGGCUAUGAUACCUGCAGAUCUGCGCUGCGGCAAACUGAUGGUUUACGGCGCCAUCUUCGGUUGCCUCGACGACUGUGUUACCAUCGCUGCCAUCCUGAGCACGAAGAGCCCGUUCCUCUCGCCGGCCGAAAAACGUGGCGAGGCGAAGGAGGCAAAAAUGCGCUUUGCUCGCGGGGAUGGUGACUUGCUCACCGACCUUCGGGCAUACCAGGAAUGGGACAACAUGAUGGCCGACCGCUCCAUCCAGCACCGCAGAGUCCGGCAGUGGUGCGAUGAGAACUUCCUUUCAUUCCCCACGCUAUCGGACAUCGCAUCGACCAGAUCGCAGUACUACACCUCGCUGUCCGAAAUGGGCAUCCGCCCUUCUACCUCCCAACCCUCGGCAUCCACUCCGCUCCUCCGCGCACUCACAGCGUCUGCCUUUGCGCCCCAGCUCUGCCGUAUCCAGUUCCCCGACAAGAAGUUCGCGACCUCGGUCUCCGGUGCGGUCGAACUCGACCCCGAGGCCAAGACGAUCAAGUAUUUCUCGCAAGACCACGGCCGUGUCUUUAUUCACCCGUCCAGCACCAUGUUUGACAGUCAGGGGUUUUCUGGGAGCGCGGCGUUCGUGUCAUAUUUCAAUAUGAUGGCCACGAGCAAGGUUUUUGUGCGGGAUUUGACACCAUUCAACGCCUACACCCUCCUCCUCUUUACUGGCGACAUCGCGCUUGACACGCAGGGUCGCGGGUUGCUGGUAGACGGCUGGUUGCGGCUGCGCGGAUGGGCGCGUAUCGGCGUGCUGGUAUCGCGGCUCCGUGGGGUCAUCGACCGGCUGAUCGAACGGCGUAUCGAGAACCCGGCCACGUUCGACUCGUCAGAGGGGCCCGGGGUCGGGGCCGAAAUCAUCCGGCUUGUCACGCGGCUGAUUGAGUUGGAUGGGAUGGAUGCGUGA